AUGGAGAAACAUUUCAAAAGAAAAUCAAAGUUGGAAUCAUCUCUUCCUCAAGAAAAAGAUGAUAAUUAUUCUUCUGCAAAACAAAGUCGCAUAGAAAUCAACUUAGCAGACCUACCUGUAGAUCCAGGACUACGGCCUCGGAUUAUGGACUAUAAUGCUAAUGAUCGAGAUCAAAUUCGUAGGGCAUAUCUACAAAAAGUGGUCGGAUUGAGCAAUGCUCCACAAAAUCUCAUGUUGACAUCUUCUGAUAUUCAAAAAGACGUUGUAAAUGUGGUUGCAUUUGAAACUAUCAAUGUAAUUAUUAGAGAUCGUGGUGAUGCACUUUUUGCUAUUUUGAUUGAUGAAGCUCGUGACAUAUCAAUGAAGGAGCAAAUGGCAGUUGUAAUACGAUAUGUUGACAAAAAAGGCCAAAUGAUUGAGCGCUUUUUGGGUAUUAAGCAUGUUGCUAAUACGAAUGCUCUCUCACUCAAACAAGCUGUGAAAAAUUUAUUCACCAAACUUGGAUUGAGUAUUUCAAGAUUACGGGGUCAAGGAUAUGAUGGGGCUAGUAAUAUGCAAGGUGAGUUCAAUGGUCUUAAAACACUUCUACUGAAAGAGAAUCUUCGUGCAUAUUAUUACCAUGUAAACGCCUUAGAUAUUAUUAGGGAGGAGCAAGCUGCAAAAGUUACUGAGGCAAUUAAUACUAGAGAGCUAUCUAGUAGGCAAUGCUUAAAUCAAGAAACUAUUCUUAAACGUGCUGGUGAUACUCGUUGGGUUUCAUACUAUGGUACUUUAGUUAGCUUGGCUGGAAUGUUUUCAACAGUGAUUGAUGUGCUUGAAAUGAUUUCGGAGGAUGGUUCAAAUUCAAAACAACAAACAGAAGCAAAUGCAUUGUUGGAAUUAAUUCAAUCAUUUGAGUUGGUAUUCGACCUUUAUUUGACGAAAAUGAUAUUGGCUAUUACAAGUGAGUUAUCGCAAGCAUUGCAAAGAAAAGAUCCAGAUAUUGUUAAUGCCAUGAAUUUAGUUCAAAUUUCUAAAGUUUGGCUCCAAAAGAUGAGGGAGAGUGGGUGGACAUCUUUACUUGAUGAUAUUUUUUCUUUUUGUGAAAAGCGCAAAAUUCAUGUUCCCCAAAUGGAUGAUAUGUUUAUAGCUCAAAGGAGAAAAAGAUACAAUGCUCAAGAAAUUUCAAACUUACAUCACUAUCGCACUGAGUUAUUCUACACUGUUUUGGAUAUGCAAAUUCAAGAACUAAAUGCUCGUUUCACUGAGUCGAACACUAAGUUGUUACAUUAUGUGGCAUGUUUGAAUCCAUCUAACUUUUUCUCUAGUUUCGACAAGAAAAAGUUAAUUCAUCUUACCAAAUUUUGUCCUAAAGAAUUUUCUGCAGGGGAGCUCAUGAGUUAG